AUGUUGUUGAGAUACAAUGAUACUGUGUCUCUUUUCAUGCCUAAAUUCAUUCGUCCGUUCCUUUCAACAAGGCUAUACUCUGAAUUCCAUGAACAAGGGAAAGAUAGUCUCGUUUCCUCAUUCAUUACCUUGCUUCGUCAGAAUCCUACCCCACCCAUCAUUGAAUUUGGCAAGAUUUUGGGUUCCCUUGUCAAGGCCAACCAUUACUCCAUUGCUGUUUCACUUCAUCGACAAAUGGAAUUCAACGGAGUUGCUUCAGACUUAGUCACUUUUAACAUCUUGAUCAAUUGCUUUUCUCAAUUGGGUCUAACCUCUCUUUCCUUUUCUGUAUUUUCCAACAUUCUCAAAAAGGGUUUCCAGCCAAAUGCCAUAACUCUCACUACACUCAUCAAGGGUCUCUGUCUCAAAGGUCACCUCCAUCAAGCAUUGCAAUUUCACGACAAGGUGGUAGCACUGAGAUUUCACCUGAACCAAGUUAGUUAUGCGACCUUGAUCAAUGGGUUAUGCAAAGUUGGAGAAACAGCAGCAGCCCUGCAAUUGCUCAGACGAGUUGAUGGGAAGUUGGUUCAGCCUGAUGUGGUAAUGUACAACACCAUUAUUGAUAGCAUGUGCAAAGAUAAACUCGUUAACGAUGCAUGUGAUUUAUAUUCUGAAAUGCUUGCUAAGAGAAUUUCUCAUAAUGUUAUCACUUACAGUACUUUAAUUAGUGGAUUUUGCGUUGUUGGUAAAUUGGAAGUAGCAAUUGAUUUGUUACAUAAAAUGAUAUUGGAAAACAUAAACCCCAAUGUCUAUACCUUUAAUACACUGGUUGAUGCAUUUUGCAAGGAAGGAAAAGUCAAAGAAGCUAAAAAUGUGUUAGCCGUGAUGAUGAAAAAAGGUGUAAAACCUAAUGUUGUUACGUAUAGCUCUUUAAUGGAUGGAUAUUGUUUAGUAAAUGAAGUGAACAAGGCUAAUUUUGUAUUUAAGACUAUGACCCAAAGAGGAGUAACUCCUGAUAUUCAGACCUACAAUAUCAUGAUUAAUGGGUUUUGUAAGAUAAAAAUGGUGGAUGAAGCUAUUAAACUCUUCAAAGAAAUGCAUUGUGGAACAAUCAUCCCAAAUACAAUAACUUACAAUGCCCUUAUUGAUGGCUUGGGAAAAUCAGGUAGAAUCUCAUAUGCUUUGGAGCUUGUGGAUGAGAUGUGUGAUAGAGGACAAUCACCGAAUAUAUUUACUUAUAACUCUAUAUUGGAUGCUUUAUGCAAAAACCGUCAAGUUGAUAAGGCAAUUGCAUUGUUAGCAAAAUUGAAAGACCAAUGUAUUCAACCGGAUGUGUGCACAUACAAUAUUCUUAUCAAGGGGCUGUGCCAAAGUGGACGACUAGAGGAUGCACGGAAAGUUUUUGAAGAUCUUUUGGUCAAAGGCUACAAUCUAGAUGUCUAUACAUAUACUAUUAUGAUCCAAGGGUUUUGUGACAAGGGCUUGUUUGAUGAAGCAUUGGCCUUGCUGUCAAAAAUGAAAGACAAUGGUUGCAUUCCAAAUGCUAAAACUUACGAAAUAAUUAUUCUUUCUCUGUUUGAAAAAGAUGAAAAUGAUACAGCGGAGAAACUUCUUCGUGAAAUGAUUGCAAGAGGUCUAUUGGAAGAUUGA